UUGUGUUACGCUUUAAUGAUUGUGCAGUCUGCAAGGCUGAGCCUGGAGACCACGACUCGGAAAGCAAAACAGUCCAUCGAAGAAGCAGUGACCUUCCUCUCUGACAAAGCUUACAAAAUGAGUAAGAAAAAAUCUACAUUAAUGACGCCAGAUCCAUACCACAUUCCCGGGUAUUGUGGUUACUGUCCCCAGUUUAAAUACCAAAUAGGAGAAACUUUUGGUAGAACGACAUCUUGUCUUUUGACGGACAACAGUGUGGCAUACUCGGGGAAGCCUGUACUCUCCGAUAUCGAACCCCAAGUUCCUCCUAAAGCUGACACAAGAAGGGAUACCAUCAAAAACCGAGCAAUCAGUCUUGGGGAUCAGAAACUAACGGACCAAAUGGUCCCUGGAUACACUGGGUACAUCCCGAAAGCGGAGCAUUACUAUGGCAACUCGUACGCCGAAACCUCCCGAAGCGCGAUCGCCGACUUCCACCAAAACCAACUAAAACACCGACAGAAGGCAAUUAAUCUCCGAACGAUAACCGAGAUACAACGAGGCAAACAAGUCCUCCCCGAACUCAUCACGAGCGAUACCCGAACGCUAUCGAAGUUCCAGGUCCCUUUGAAAGCGAUUGCAGACAAGCCGAAGAUGUAUUACUCAAAGAAGGCCCCUCAGCAUUCGUUAUCACCUCUUGCCCUUAGCAACGACAACCCGAAGAAGCAUCACAAGUCCGGGUAUUCAGGAUUUGUGCCCCGGUACCGGGGACUGAUGGGCGAAGGAUAUCCGGUGCUAACAAACAAGGCUUUAAUCGCGUUCUCUUCGAAUAUGGAGAAUAUGAAGAAAAUCAAAGACUUUCCGGUUACAAUCGAGAGACCGGAAGUGAGAUUGGUGGACACGAGACCGAUAUAUCCCAAGAACAACACUGGACUGGUGCCUCACUUCACGGGUCACGUGCCAGGUGAAAAGUUCCGCUACGGAAUGACAUUUGGCUACAGCACCCGCUAUGCACAACAAGCACUAACGGCAUAAUGGGAACCCUGUGUUACCAUAGGAAUACCGCAGCCUCACAUCCGGGAUAAUCUUUUUUAUGAUCACUUUUCGGAAAACGGAAAAUUGAGCCAUGACACAUUGUUGUACAUAAACACGAAUGAACUGAGUGACGUAACUAUGGGUGACGUUAUUUUAUCAAAGAAUGUAUUAAAGCAAUCAAAAUUACUUUGAAAAUGCAUAAAUGAAAUAUUUACGGUUGUGA